CACAUUUCCCGCUUCGAAACCACACUCCUCAGAGAGAGAUUUCUCCCGGUCACCGGAGAACCUCUCGGAUAAUCCAGGCAACCAAACAGGGGAUUGUAACAGGAUUUAUAUCUUGAAUUUUCUUUUCCGGAUCUAAUAUUUUGUGUGGUGGUGAUCAAGGCAGAAUGGGAGGAGUGGACGGCGGCGAUGAAGGGAUUAGGAGGAGGGGGUGCUCGUGCGCGAAGAGCGAUUUUCUACCCGAGGAAUCGUUUCGGAGCUGGGGCAACUACGGGAAGGCGUUGAUGGAGACUCCGAUGCGGCUGAAGGAUCGGAUCGUGACCCGCUCCUUGGACCACACGGAGCUUGUGGAGGUCAAGGCUCGAAGCCAUAACGAGAUGAAGAAGACGCUCAACUGGUGGGACCUCAUGUGGUUCGGCAUCGGCGCGGUCAUCGGCGCUGGCAUCUUCGUCCUGACCGGCCUCGAGGCCCGCGAAGACGCCGGCCCCGCCGUCGUCUUGUCCUACGUCGUCUCCGGCAUCUCGGCUUUGCUCUCCGUUUUCUGCUACACCGAGUUCGCCGUGGAGAUCCCCGUAGCCGGUGGAUCAUUUGCCUACCUAAGGGUAGAGCUCGGCGACUUCAUGGCCUUCAUUGCCGCCGGCAACAUCCUACUAGAGUACGUUAUUGGUGGAGCAGCCGUUGCCCGUGCUUGGACAUCCUACUUCGCCACACUCUGCAACUACAAACCAAACGAUUUCCGUGUUAUAGCCGAUGGUCUCUCAGAAGACUACAAAUAUCUCGACCCCAUAGCCGUUGUUGUCAUCGCCGCCAUUUGUGUCCUUGCAGUCCUCAGCACUAAGGGCUCUUCGCGUUUCAAUUACAUCGCCUCCAUCUUCCACGUUAUCGUCAUCCUCUUCAUCAUCAUCGCCGGUCUUAUUAAAGCUGAUACGAAGAAUUACACCCCAUUUGCCCCUUUUGGAGCCCGUGGCAUCUUUAAGGCUUCAGCAGUGCUUUUUUUCGCUUAUGUUGGAUUUGACGCUGUCUCAACCAUGGCAGAGGAAACAAAGAAUCCUGGUCGGGACAUCCCCAUUGGUCUUGUAGGCUCAAUGGUGAUUACUACAUUGGCAUAUUGUAUACUCGCGGUAACACUAUGCCUUAUGCAGUCAUACAAAGCCGUUGAUGAAGAUGCUCCAUUUUCGGUAGCAUUCGAAGCUGUUGGUUGGGGUUGGGCUAAGUAUAUAGUUGCUGCCGGGGCAUUGAAGGGGAUGACGACUGUUUUGCUGGUGGGAGCUGUCGGUCAAGCUCGAUAUCUCACACAUAUUGCAAGAACCCACAUGUUGCCACCAUGGCUUGCCCAUGUCAACGAGAGAACUGGAACACCUGUCAAUGCCACGAUCGUGAUGCUCGUCGCCACAGCGAUCAUCGCCUUCUUCACAAAGCUUGCUAUUCUCUCCAACCUACUCUCUAUCUCCACAUUGUUUAUCUUCAUGCUCGUUGCCGUUGCCCUUCUGGUGCGCCGGUAUUAUGUUAGCGGCGUGACAACUGAAACAAAUCGUAUAAAGCUCAUUGUGUUUAUUGUGCUAAUAAUCGGAUCUUCCGUUGGAACAGCUGCUUAUUGGGCAGUUAGCGAUGGGUGGGUCGGGUAUGUAAUAACCACCCCAAUUUGGCUGAUUGCAACCGUGGGGAUUUGGCUUUUUGUUCCGCACGCAAGAGAGCCGAAACUUUGGGGGGUGCCAUUGGUGCCAUGGCUGCCAUCGUUGUCCAUCGCCAUUAACAUUUUCCUUCUUGGGUCAAUAGACAAAGAAUCUUUUGCAAGGUUCGGCGUGUGGACUCUGAUAAUCUUGAUUUACUAUUUCGUCAUUGGAUUACAUGCAUCCUAUGACACAGCCAAAGAAUCUAGCAAUGGCGAGGAGAGGAAGAAUGUUGAAGAGGGUGGAGAAAUGAGUAACAUUGUGUUCUAGAGGAGUUUGUAAUAAAUCAUAAAUGUGUGUAAUGCAUGUGUACGUGUAGUUGAUGUUCAUAUUAAAUCUAUCAAGGAAACAUAGGUGUUUCGCCUUUUCUUUUAAUAAUAUUAAGUGUU